AUGUUGGAGCAAUCUGCAGCUCAGAGAAAAGCGUCUGUGGGAACUCUCUACCUCUCAGCAACACACACUAUCUUUGUGGAGAACCCAGAGACACGCAAAGAGACCUGGAAGGAGCAGAAGGAGCUGAAGGAGCAGAAAGAACAGAAGGAGCAGAAAGAACAAAAGAAACAGAAGGAGCAGAAGGAGCAGAAAGAACAGAAGGAGCAGAAAGAACAGAAGGAGCAGAAAGAACAAAAGAAACAGAAGGAGCAGAAGGAGCAGAAAGAACAGAAGGAGCAGAAAGAACAGAAGGAGCAGAAAGAACAGAAGGAGCAGAAGGAGCAGAAAGAACAGAAGGAGCAGAAAGAACAGAAGGAGCAGAAAGAACAGAAGGAGCAGAAAGAACAGAAGGAAGGGUUGUGA